UGCCAUUACAGCCACCAUCAUCGCUGUAUUUAUCUUUCUAUCUCUAAUUGACAUCACACAGUCUGUCUGUUUCCAGAGAUUUGAAGAGCGCGAAUAUAGUCGAAUCGAAACCCAUUCGCAACUUACCACAUCUUCUCUCUUGUCGUAUCUACUUUAAUCACCUUCACCUGCUAAAAAUGACGGAUGUUUCUUCGGACGACAUUGAACGGCUAUACGAGUACGGCGAUAGACUUAGCGAGGCAAAGGACAAGUCUAAGCUUGUUGAGGACUACAAGAACAUUAUUAAUGCUGCUAAAGGCAAUAGUGUGAAGGCAAGGCAACUGGCUGCUCAACUUAUACCGAGAUUUUUCAAGUUCUUUCCUGAACUCUCGGACAAUGCUGUCGAUUCCCAUUUGGAUUUAUGUGAAGCCGAGGAGUUAGGGAUUAGGGUGCAGGCGAUUCGUGGACUUCCUCUUUUUUGCAAGGAUACACCAGAGCAGAUAUCCAAGAUAGUAGACAUUCUUGCUCAACUCCUAACAGCUGAAGAAAAUGUUGAGCGCGAUGCUGUACACAAGGCCCUUUUAUCGUUACUGAGGCAAGAUGUGAAAGCUUCCUUGACAGCCCUUUUUAAGCACAUUGAGAGUGUUGAUGAAAGGGGGACGGAUGAAAACCUUCGCGAGAGGACUUUGAUUUUUAUCAGAGACAAGGUUUUUCCUCUAAAAGAUGAGCUCUUGAAGCCUCGUGAGCAAAUGGAAAGGCAUAUAACUGAUUUGAUAAAGAAAUCUCUUCAAGAUGUUACUGGAGCAGAAUUUAAGAUGUUUAUGGAUUUCCUGAAAAGUUUGAGCAUUUUUGGUGAAAAAGCGCCUCCUGAGCGUAUCCAAGAACUCAUUGAGAUUAUUGAAGGUCAAGCUGAUCUAGAUGCACAAUUCAAUGUUUCAGAUGGAGGGGACCAUAUUGAUAGAUUGCAAUCAUGCUUAUUCAUGGCUAUUCCCUUUUUCAUGCGUGGUGCAUCAACCGGCAAGUUUCUCAGCUAUUUGAACAAGCACAUCUUGCCUGUUUUUGACCAGCUUCCUGAAGAGCGCAAGGCUGAUUUGCUUAAGAACCUCGCAGAGAGUUCACCUUACACUAUCUCACAAGAUACCCGUCAGAUCCUUCCCUCCGUUGUCCAACUCCUGAAGACUUAUAUGCCUCGUAAGAAGUCAGCAGAAGAGAUGAACUUUACUUAUGUGGAGUGUUUGUUAUAUACCUUCCAUCAUUUAGCUAGCAAGGCUCCCAAUGCAACAAAUAGCUUAUGUGGUUACAAGAUAGUGACUGGCCAACCAUCAGACAGACUCGGGGAGGAUUUCUCUGAGCAAUACAAAGACUUUAAUGAGAGGUUAAGCAUUGUAGAAGAGCUUGCUAGAGCUACUAUAAAGAAGCUAACUCAGGGGAUGGCUGAGCACAACAAAUCAUUGGCUAGUGCUAAAUCUGACGAAGCAAAGGCUAAUGUUAGAACUCAGCAACAGAAUACUACAUCGGGGUUGCGAACUUGCAAUAAUAUCUUGUCGAUGACACAGCCAUUACAUUCAAAAUCUCCUUCAUUUAUUGGCGAUAAGAAGAAGAUUAACCUAUCGUGGAAAGAAGCUGCAAAAAGUACAACUAAUGCUGCCACUGCUGCUGCUGGUGGGAAGCGACCUCUGAAUACUACAAAUGGUUCAAGUAAUGCUGGUCCAGUAAAAAGGGGUCGUGGAGCUGGUUAUGCACCAAACCAGCUUGUUAAUAAAGCAUUCCAAGGUCUCUCUUCAUAUGGUAGUGGAGGUGGCGGCGGCGGCGGUGGUGGAGGAGGAAGGGGCCGAGGUAGAGGUGGUUGGGGCCGACGAGGAAGAGGAGGAAGGGGUAACUGGUAGUUCUAUCUAUCUUAUUUAUGUUAUCUAUUUAUUUUGCUAUUCUGUAUUACAAAUUUUCCAUAUUCUAUUUUGUUGGAUAAUUUUCCAUUUCUGUCGGUCUGUCACAUCUAGGCAUUAAUAUUAUGUUAGCCAAUCUCUUUUGCUAUAUUGGAUAAGCCACAUGUCUUAGAUAUUAAUUUUCUAAACUCUUGAUCAUUAUAGUUAAGUUGUGUUUUAUUGCUUAUU